AUGUCUGACUACGAAAUGAAGCGUAUGGCGACCUGGGAACCACAUGGCUCAGACCUCACAGUAGCGAAGCGACCGCGCAGUGUGUUAAACCGAGACAAUGACUAUCGAUUCUGGGGCCUAAACGACGAAGAUAGCGCUCGGGUCGUUGGUCUCUACAAUGAAGGAAGAUUGCUCAUGGCGGAGUACAACAGGCUCCAGAAAAACACCGAAACGAGGCAGAAGCUGCUCAAAGAUGCAAGUGAGACUGACGACUGGGAUUAUGUGUACCAGUAUGACGUGGAUUUCGAGUAUGAUUCUGAUGGUAGUGCGGCUGAAGUAGAACAGCUCAGACUUGCAAAACUCGAACAUGUGAUGGACAUGGAUGACGAGCUCCGUAAUCUGAUGAGAGAGUUAGAAGCCGCCGAGAGUCGCGUUGAUAACGUCGCUACGGCGUGCGCAGAUCUACAGCUACGUCCGUCGUUUACGGCAAUUAUCCUUGCGAAACUUCCUCGCGAGCUUCGAGACCUGGUUUACGACUAUCUCUGGACGGAAGAUCACGUCGAGAGCAUGGACAGAGCUUGCUCGUUUGCCCCUGCCUGGUAUUUCUCGGAUGAAGCUGCCAUAAAUGCACCGGAUCUGCCUGUACCGCGUUUCGCAAACGCCACUUUCGUGGGUGUGGACUUCGCAUCCGAAGCUGCGGCUAGGUACUUCAGAGUUCUGUCAGGUACAGAGCUGGAUUAUCGCUAUGUACGUGCCCAUAUUGAACGCGACCAUCUUGGUCCCAUGGCUUUUGCGGUCAAGGAUGACAUCCGGCGUCUUGUUAUCACGAUCGAUGAGAGCGGUGGGACUAUCUAUACAGGCAGAAGAAUAGCCUGUAGAGCUCUGAACGAUAGUAUGAAUAGCCUGCUCAUGCUGAGAGACCAUCAAAAUCUCAGCGUGAGAAUCUACCUGGAAUCGGAUAUGCAAUGGAGCUUGGCAUUCUAUCAGGCUCUCGAAGUCAUCAAGCCUGUGUUCUUGACAUUCCGCGAAGCCAACAUCGACAUCAAGGUUCUGGGCUAUGACUUCUUCAGCACCACCGAAGACGAUGAUACAGACAUCUUCUCUGAACAACUCAACUAUUACCUCACGGCCCGUACGCCGAAAGAGUGGCUCGACAUGAAAGCCAAGGAGAUCAAAGAGAUACCAAGGGGACCGCUUCGGCAGCGAUGCAAACGGACGCUGAGAAUUAUGCGAAAGAACCUUGAGUUCUUUGUGCUGGACAAUCGCAAGGCCGCUGCGUCUGCUACAAAGAGUUUGUGA